GGUGAAGCUAGGCAAGUGUCAGCUAUAGAAAAGAUGUGCUGCUGGAAAAGAAAUAAACAAAAAAGUUUUGCUAUAAGAAAGAAAAUCGAGAACAUUGCUUUCAUUGCUACUCUUGUCAUAGUGCUGGGCUUAUUCACUCUCCCAAUAAUAUUCUAUUAUACUUCAAGUUAUGGCACGGACACCUUUAACAAUGCCAGCAUCAAUUAUACUGGAUUUCAAAGCAAUAUUACUGGAAUACUAAACCAAAACUGCACCAGACUAUCAUGGAGUCAGGAUAAUGAUGCCUCAGAAUGUCAUGAGUAUACUGGAACUGCUUGUAGAGACUUCUUACAUCAAUGGUUUCAAUGUACCAUUGGAGAAGGUGAAUUGAAUAUUGGAGUAAGUCAACAAGAACAAAAUCAACAUGAACAGACAAUCAGUUUACUCAGUUCUAAUUUAGAAUUUUACAAGCAAUGUCAACAACAAUCAUCAGCUUUCAUAUGUCAAUAUUUCUUUCCUCUUGCUGAUUGCUCAACUGGAAAAUUUUACAAGGCUACCAAGGAAGACUGCCUCCUCAUAAGUACAGGUGUUUGUUCAGACCUGUGGACACUAGCAAACAACUUUAGCUAUGGCUCACUCUUACCUGAUUGUUCUACACUACCAAAUGCUGCCAAUGACUCAUCUUUUGUCACAAUUCCAAUUGAAGGCAUGAAUGAUACCAAUGGUACUGAUGGUAUAGUGUGCAGAGAAGAUUUUUUUAAAACAGAUUUAAUCUGUGAGCCAAGAUGUGACAGUUUUGAACAAAGCUCUCAUUUAGACACACGAAUACUGAUCUAUUCAGAAGUUGUUGGAAUCAGUAUAGCCCUAACUUUCUACAUUGUUACCAUUAUUGUUGUUGUAAAGGAAUAUAAGAUAUUGCUAGCAUAUCCCUCUGUAUUGGUGCUUUUUCAAGUCAUAGACAUGACUGUAUUGGGUAUAGUAGUACUCAUAACAGCUAUUUAUCGGCAUGAAUUAUAUUGUGGUUCAGUUAGUCUAUUGGAGACAUUAAAUAAUCCAACUCUUUUUUGCAAAUUUUCAGGAGUUGUAUUUCAUUAUACUUUUGUAAAUAUGGCACUGUGGUGGUUCUUUCAUGUUGCUAUAUUCUUUCACAAAGUAUUGUUUCCCUUCCAAGCAAAUAGAUUUGAAAAGCUGGGACGUAACAAGUAUAUAUUUGCAACUGUAACCAUUUUAUCUCUACUACUUCCAUUGCCAGCUAUUAUCAUUUGCCUUUCUGUUGACAAAUUCAAAUAUAAUAUUUAUCGUUUCCCAACAAGCUUUUGCAUCAGCAAUGGUGACAUGUGGUUCUAUUCUAUGACACUUCCAGUGGAUGUACUAUUUGCUGCUGGAGUUAUAAUGCUGAUUAUAGUUCUUUGGACUAUGAGAAAUAAAACAAAUUUCUUGAAUAAAAAAAGUCAUAAGCUAAGCACUGCUGAGAAAAAAAUCCUGUUGGUUUUUGCACUUUUUUUAAUUCUUGGUGUUGUUAUUGUAGGGCACCAAACCAAUGUAGAAGCAAAAUCUGACAAGUUUGAAGCAGCUUUAAUGCAAUAUUUUGAAUGUGAGGCGUUUGGUCACAUCCCUGGAAAGUGCGACAGAGGAACAUUUGAAAAGAUCUAUAGCCCUUACAUGAGUGCUAUUGUAUUCAUACUAAUGAGUUUGACCCCACUGGGCAUUUUGAACUUCAUACUUAAGUGGAGCUCAGUUAAAAGAGCUGGAAAUAAAGCAGUAAAUUUGACAAAGAGGUGUUUAAUUUUCUUGCAUUGUGGAAAAGUUUUCGUAACUUCCUGUGAAAGUGUUCCUGAUGAGUUAUCAUCAAAAUCAAAUAAAAGUACAAAUAAUAAGAACUCUGCUGUAUAACUUGACUUAUAAUUUCUGCUGAUAAUUUGGACCUUUAACUUCUGUGUGCAAUAUGUGAUUGUUUUCUUAGUAUUAUAAACUUCCUUUAGGACUGUUAUGAAAUGCUGAGUAAUGAGCAAUUUAAAAUUAGCCUUUACAAUUGUUGUAUGGCUUACAAAAAUGGUUAAUAAAAGAAGGUGUGGCCUGCAAC